AUGGAGGACAUGCGCUUCCGCCCUCAGCAGCCGCCGAGGAACGAGCCAUCCAUCAACCCGCUUGUCUCACCUCCUCGCGGCGCCGCUCUCAUCCCUCAGCAACAGCCUGCGAAUCAUGAUAUGCGCUCCUCCUUGCCUCGCCGCUUCACGACAGACUCAGGGCUUCUGCAGACACUGUCUUCGAUCAACUCCCUGGCGUCCCCGUCCCGUGUGGUCGACGCCGACUAUAAUAAUGCAUUGCACAAGGUCCAAUUGAUAGAGAAGAAGAAACAAGAAUAUGAGAGGAUCCGAGAACAAAGGCGGCGAUUCGAAGUCGAGAUGCAAAAACUAGACCAGCAACAGCGACGGGAGGCUCUCGAACUGGCGCAGAUGGAAGAAGAGGUGAACAGAUUCGCCGGGCACCAAUCCGAGCCGACGACGCCUCCCGAGUACCGAAACACCAAUACCAACAAUGGCUUUCCUGGCAUCUUCUCGCGGCCAAACCGAUACUCGACCUCGAGUCUGACCUCCCCUCCAGACUUGUCUAACCGACCAUCUCGCUCUGGAUCGCUUCUGACCUCUCCUCCUCCUCCUGGCACGGGUGCGUUCCAGCAGCGUUUCGGAUUCGACGACAAUCAGAUGCCAUCACGAUCUGUUCCUACCACGCGCCGUAACAGCGACGACGAUGACAAGGAAGAGGCUGUUCGCCAAGACCCAAGCAGCCACAGGUCGACCAACUCGUAA